AGAACUACGUCAGCAAUGAGGCAGAUUACGGAAGUCAGCUUUAUUCACGCAUAUGGAAUAACAGUUCGCCGGCUGAUACUGGUCGUAGAGCGAGUACUUGGUAGUUGGUUCCGACUUCGGGUACUUCUCUCGGGUUUAGGCACUCCCAUGGAAGAUGAUAUGGACGAUUACGAAUGGGACAGCGCGCCCGAGUACGAAGACGACGAAUGGUACUGCAGAUCAAUCGCUAGGUAUAAUGAGCUGGUCAUGUUUGAUUUAGAAGAUAAAGUCAUUAGUUUUGACCUAUUGGACCAAGGAAGCCUAUGCCUUUUGUGCAAAAAAUCGUCCGGUCUGCAAGUUAUACUUGAGCAUCUUCUCCCGUCAAAGAUAUACAAAAAGACGAAUGAAAAUCACACCGUGAGAGACACCGAUAUGAAGAUAAAAUCAGGUGUUUUCCCCAACGCUUUUGUACUCCAGGUAGUCACAUCAAUGUCAUUGAUGUGCUCGCUCUACAAUGAAAACAAACUGAUUACGUCGGAGGAACAUUUAUCCGGCGUUAAUAUUUAUCAUUUAGGAUCUUCAGAAACAGAUCAGAAUGAGAAGUGUAAAACUAUUUCGGCGCCGUUGUUAGAGCCGAGAGUCUCAGUGGUUGGAAAAAAUGUGGUUUUACUUGCCAAGGACACUUCUUCACCACCGGUUAUUGUCGAUUUGAGUUCUGGGGAGGUGAAAUGUACUAUAAACUGUACUAGUGACAUACCAUGUUCUCUUAUGCCAGCAGCUGUUUCUGAAACAACCAUUGCAUUGUGUAAAGAAACAAAUGGAGAAGUAUUUUUAUAUGAUACUAGAAAGCAUGAGGGCAUGUGGGAAAUUAAUGGAGACCAGGUCUCAAAGUAUUCCAUCUGCACUAGUUUUGACCAUAGAAACCCCAGCGGUCCAAAUAGCACUAUUGGGACAAUAUCAGCGAAUGGAAACUAUAAAUUUUACGACCUGCGAAAUUCCAAACAGGAGUUGAUUUCAGGCGAGCUGAGUUUAGGAUGUGACGAUGGCAUUGACCUAAAAAUGAAAAUUUCCCCCAGCGGAAAAAAAGUUUCCGUUUCUGGACAUAACGGGACAGUGAUUGUCUACGACUUGCGGGACACUCUGAAAGAGAUAUUUUGCCAUGACGGUCAUCAGCACAUGGAGCACAGUUCAAAAAACACUCUCAUCACUGAUCAUCUAUGGUACGAUGAAAGAUGUAUCAUUUCAAGUGCCGACAAUCAUUCCCUAAAUUGCUGGCAGUAUAUUAUUGCUGAAAAUUAAAAAAAGGAAUGAAUUUCUAGUUGACAGCUUGCCGAAUGGGAAAUUUCUAGUUGAACAGUAAAUGAGAAGUGUGAUAAAAUUGUAACAAAAUUAAAAUUACCUGUUGACAGCCUUGGCUGUGCAUAAACUAUACAUUGAUAUUUAAAUAUUGUAUUUUAAUUCAUCCCAAGAUCUCUGAAAAAUCUAUGAUGUAAAUGUCAAUUUUAUAUAUUUGUAAAUAGAAAUGUAUUUUAAGAUUUUCA